AUGGGUAAACUUGAUGGUAAAAUUGCUUUAAUUACUGGUGGAUCAGAUGGUAUUGGAUUAGAAACUGCUCAACAGUUUAUUAAUGAAGGUGCUUAUGUAUUUAUCACUGGUCGUCGUCAAGAAGUACUUGAUGCAGCAGUAAAAAAAAUUGGUAAAAAUAUCUCGGCAAUUCAAGGUGAUUCAUCAAAAUUAGAUGAUCUUGAUAAAAUUUAUAAAGUAAUUAAAGAACAAAAGGGCAAGUUAGAUAUACUCUUUGCAAAUGCUGGUGUUGCCAGUUCGAUGCCAUUAGAAUCAAUUACUGAAGAAUUUUAUGAUAAUAUGUUUAAUAUUAAUGUUAAAGGUGUACUUUUUACUGUUCAAAAAGCUUUACCACUUUUAAAUGAUGGUGCAUCUAUUAUAUUGAAUGCAUCAGUUGUUUCAAUCAAAGGAGCACCAGCAUCAAGUGUUUAUUUUGCAACUAAAGCUGCCGUUCGUUCAUUUGCUCGUUGUUUCUGUGUUGAUUUAAAAGAACAUAAAAUUCGAGUGAAUGCUAUUAGCCCUGGCCCUAUUGAUACUCAUAUGAUACACAAUUUGGGAAAUACAAAAGAAGCUUCAAAAGCUAUUGCUGAUAGCCUUACAUCAUCAACUGUUUUAGGACGACUUGGUCGUCCAAUUGAAAUUGCCAAAGCAGUAGUAUUUUUAGCUUCAGAUGAUAGUUCAUAUGUAACUGGUAUUGAACUUUUUGCUGAUGGUGGUGCUGGACAAAUUUAA